AGAUCAUGUUUUCAAACCUUCAGUUUAUGUUACAAGUUUAAAAUGAUAAAUUUCUAGAUAAUAAAAUAAUAACAAAUAACUCUGAUCACUUGGUCUCUCAUCAUUUCAUAAAUUUGGGAACUUUUCCAAAUAUUGCUUCUUAUUUAGUGUACAGUUUCUGAGUUUCCUACAAAAACAAUCCCAUGGAAAGUGCUUUACCCUCUUACAUUUUACCCUCUUAUUCUUUGUUUUUUUUUCUGACACCCAAAAUGAAAGGAUUUGGGGUGACCUAGUCAAAGUCUGAAUUUAAAUCCUUAUAAUAAACUUAAACAAGCUAUUCAUUCUCAAAGAUAUGGUUGAAUUAAAACUGAUUUGCAAAUGAAAGUAGGCCAAAACCCCUGCACUAUUAUUUAAGAGAUUCAUUACCGGUUAUUGCAAAGGUUGUUAUUUCCAAAGGUGGCAAAGUUAUUAAGUUUAAGAACAAAUUACUUUUCCGUCUGGGACAUGUUGUUUUUGGUUAGCUUUUCUCCCUCAAUAAUUUCCUACAGGAAAGUCAUAAAUUCAAAAUAAAACUUGACACAAUGGCUCAAUUAUUAAAACUAAAAUAAGAAUAUGUAAACAUACAACUAGAAGCAAAAGCAUCUGAGACAAAUCAGUCCAGUUUAUUUAUAUGGGGCGAAAUUACAAUAAAUGUCAUAUCAAAGCAGUUUGAAAGACCGUUUGGUCCAGUUUAUUUCCAGAUAUGUAGAUCUCAACAAACUGUACCAUAAAACAACCAAACGUUUUACUAGAGAAAUCUGUAUUUAACAAAAAUUUAAAGGUUUUCUCUUGCAUACAUUCGUUAAAGCUUGAAAUCUGUCACCACUGAACUCAAAGCGUGUUUUAUUAACAGAGGAAACAUUGGAGAAGUUUGUGUAUGGGAGGAAAUGUCAGCAGAUGUAAGAAUGCGAGUAUAUAUUGGUGGCUUCAGCGGAAAAAAGAGAGUUCCUGAAAGAGGCUCUAUGGGCGUGUGGUUAUAAGGGGGGUAGAGAAAGUCAUUGAGGCAGAUUGAGACUCAAAGAUAUGAAAGUGUGUGAGAGGAAGAGAUGGAGACUGACUACUGAGACUGAAACCACAAAUGUUUUUGCUGUUUCCUCUGUCUCUUGUUUGACCCUGUCCUCUUUCUGGAAGGGGAUAACACCAUAAAGACCCUGCAGUAUUAGUUGCACUUAUUGCACUUAGAAAUAGCAGUCUACAACACAUAACUCUCUAAAGCUAGUGGGAUGGACAUAUGGAAAAACAGACUCUAGUGGGUUAAAUUGACACCAGCUGGUGCUCAAAUCACAUACUGUUAAGAGUCAUGUGACAGAUGGAGCGAGAGAAAGAAAGAAAGAAAGAAAGAAAGAAAGAAAGAAAGAAAGAAAGAAAGAAAGAGAAAAGUAGAGCAUGUGGGACUUCCUGUCAAUGCCAUGUUUGCCUCUCUGUGACUCAUCAGAGCUGUGAACGAAAUCCAAGAAGCAGCGCUGCAAAGUUACCUAUUUGUUGUGUAUACUGUACAUAUUCUACUAUCAUUGUACCUUAUAUUACGGGCUAUGGGCUCAUUUAUGGUAUUUCUUUUUUAAUAUUGUUGAACUUUUAUUAAUUUAAACUACAUGUACAGUAUAGACCAAACCUUCUAACUGAAUUCAAUUAAAAGGUGUGUCCAAACUUUUGGUCUGUACUGUACAUCCAUUUGUAUCUGCAAAUCUGUUUGCAGGUUUUGUAAUUUGCAUGAGUUUUUUUUUUUUUUUUUUUGCAAUAGGGCACCAAAACUAGCUUCAGCCCAGGGGCCCUUAUUCUUCUAAACCCAGCCCUGGUAAUCCUAAAAAAAUUUAAAAUAUAUAGCCAGUAUACGAUUUUCUUUGAAUCUGAGUUUUACCUGGAAUAUUUUCUUGUUAGCUUAGGGCUUAAACUUAAACUGCAGCUCAGAAAAUGGUUGGGCUAAAAGGAAAAGCUUAAGCAAAGCGUCUGGUGGUUAAGUCCCAAAAAUGUUACUAUGAGUAAUCCUUAAGUACUCACACACAUGAAUAGAAGCUGAAUGAAAGACUUAAUAAAGAAGGUGCAAAGAAAACAAGGAAAAGAGAUAAGAAAAGAAUAAAAGCAUGAACAUAGAGACAUGUAGAAGAAAAGAAAUGGAUGGAAAUCAUUAAUGAGAUGUUAGCUGUUUAGAAGUGACAAACUGAGGUAGUGAAAGAUGACAUCCAAACGGGAAGAAUAUGAGUGUACGUUUGACUGAAGAGAGGAAAGUGGUAAAACCACUGACUAACGCAGAGGUUAACGUGUUCCAGAUUUCUACCGGCAUGUGGUGAUUUGCUCGACCCGGUUGUUAACACCCCCCAUGAAUAUCUUAAAUUAAUCUAUAAACCAGUUUCUGUUAGGAGAAAAUUGGCAACAUCUGUUAAAAAAUUUUGAAAAUCAGAUAUUUAUAUGAGCUAUAAAAAAAUAUGUUUUCUCUUCAUCGGACGUUAAAUCCGACUUAACUUCUCUUGAUUUACCUCAGUGAAGAUUACCAGUUAUUUUUUAAAGUUUUUUUUCUUUUACUUUAUUUACUCUAGAAAGUUUUCUUUCUAAUUUCACAAUAGCCGUGUUUCCAUUAAAUAAGAAAUGCAAUUAAAAUCACACAUUAAUGAGUUUGUUCACACAAUAAAUCAUUAAAAAACAUGGUGGCGACCAACGUAAACACUAAACAUGAGAUGUAUUCAUAUUUUAGCCAUGGAAAAGCGUGAAAUGAUUAAUCGGAUUAAUCAUGAUGAAUCGAUUAUUUAAUUAAUUGUCUACUGAUUUAGUAAUCGAUUGAUUGCUUACUGGAUACAGACUUUAAUAGACAUAUACAUUUUUAUUUAAGAUCAAAUAAAACACCCUUUGUAAAUAUGUUCUUCGCUAAACUCCGGUGGCAAAGUUUUAGCUUCACGCAGUUCUAAUUCUUUGGAAAAAAAUCUUUUUUUAAUCACCUUUUGAUAUGCAAUUAUUAACUGGUUAAUCAAAAAUACUCAAUAGAUUAGCACUAUGCUGUAUCGACAUUAAAUCACUCAGAGAGGUCAGAGCUUUUCUCAUUUUGAUGUUAGGUGUAUUUUUUUUAGCUGCAGAUAUAUCCUUUGAAAGAAUACUGUGUUACUGCAUUUUAAGCAAUAACAUAAUAUUUUGUAAAAGAAUUGAAUUGUUGAUUUGAAUUUCUUUAUGUAUUUCUCAUAAUGCAUAAAAAAAUUUUUUAUAAAAAAACUGACUGUGCCAAUUUCUUUUUUAAUUGAUUAAUCAUCAAAAAUAACCAAUAGAUUACUCGACAACUAAACUAAUUGUUAGUUGCAGCCCAGUAUAAAAGCAUGCCAAAAAAUGUGUUUAAACUUUAUGGUUGAAAAACUGUCUAAAUUUAAUGCAAAAACAUUUUAUAUAAAAAAAAAAAAAAGUUGUUUUCUUAAAAAAAAUAAUUUAUCUAAUUGUAAAUUGAAAUGCAGUGCUUGUCAUUAUGGACAAACGAGUGAAGUGUAAGGCUAGCGGGACCACAGAGCAUGUUUUUGCUUCAAUUCAUUUGCAAACUGUAAUUUGUCUUUUAAUGUUGGAGUAAUGGCUUCUUCCUCGCUGAUUGGCCUUUCAGUCCAGGUUGGCUCGGUUUCAUCAACUUCAACCAGCAUCUUCUCAGGCACUUUGAACCAGAAAUGUUAAAGUUUUCUUCCUUUUUCCGUGGCGUUACACAAGAAAGCCACAUGUUUAAGCUUAAAAAGCCAUGACACCACAUUUCUUUAGAAGGAUAGUGAUCUAAUUGUAUGUGUAUUAUUCUGGUAUUAAGCAAACAGAAAUAAUUAUUUCUUAAAACAGGAAAGGAAAACAAACAGGGGAAUAUGUCUUUUUAUUUAAAAAAAUCUACCUUUAACUGUAUGUCUGAGUGUUGUAGGUCUUGUCUGAACAAAUCCUGGAGCCUUAUCAACUCUAAAGUUUACCUAACCUUUGACUUUAGUUUGCACACACUUAAACACACACACAAACACUAAUCUUAAUUUGCAUGUGAAUGUCAUCACUCCUAAAGCCUUCAGGCUACCACACGCAAAAACUCCCCACCACCUCUCAGUGCCUGUGCAUUGUUGUCGUUCACGUUGACAUCUGUUGGAGAAAGGAGUGAGUAACUCACACCGGCCAAUCAGGAGAGAGGAAGGAGAGCUUGGGGCGAAUGUAGCCGAGGGAACGCACAGACAGAAAGAGUAGGAGGUUGGAGUAGGUGAGUCAGAGACAGACGAAGAAAAUGACAGACAGGAAACGAUCCAGGGAGGAAGGGUUACACUUGGCGAGCUAUCAUGUCCGACUUGCAGAGCAGCGGGCAUACAGAGAGGCGGAGAUUAACAUGAUGGAUGACCUAUUAGAGACCGGCUUUCAAAAAGAGGAGGAGCCAGCCAGCCCGACCCCGCCCCCUUCACAACAACACACAGAUCCGGCCUCUCCGACGGUUGCCGUGACGCCGGAUCCCGUUGCUAGGGGAGACCAGGCUAUACCCAGCGAGAUUGAGUACCAGGAUGGGCGAGGGUUUGGCAUCGGAGCGUUAGUGUUUGGGAAGCUGCGAGGUUUCUCCUGGUGGCCUGGCCGGAUCGUUUCCUGGUGGAUGAGCGGCCGGAGUCGAGCUGCAGACGGGACUCGCUGGGUCAUGUGGUUCGGUGAUGGAAAAUUCUCCGUUGUUUGUGUGGAAAAGCUGAUGCCUCUGAGCUCCUUCUCAUCGGCUUUCCACCAGCCAACGUACAACAAGCAGUCCAUGUACCGGAAGGCCAUUUUUGAGGCUCUGCAGGUUGCAAGUGUGCGAGCGGGGAGACCAGUUUCCUCCUGUGAUGCGAGCGACGAGGCUGAAGGCGUGGAACUUCAGACCAGACAGAUGAUUGAGUGGGCCAUGACCGGCUUCCUGCCCAAUGGGCCUCAGUCGCUGGAUCCUCCAGAAGAGGAGCAAAAUCAGUUUAAGGAAGGAUACCUAGAGAUGAUGCCAGAGCCGGAGGCAGCGUAUACACCACCACCUGCAAAGAAACCGCGCAAAAACUCAGCAGAGAAAGCAAAAAUCAGAGAGGUGAUUGACGAAGGGACCAGAGAGAGACUCAUACAUGAAAUCAAAAAGAAAACCAGGAAUAUAGAAGAUAUCUGCAUCUCCUGCGGAAGCCUCAAUUUCUCUCUGGAGCAUCCUCUCUUCCUGGGAGCAAUGUGCCAGGGCUGCAAAAACUCGUUCCUCGAAUGCGCCUACCAGUAUGACGACGACGGCUACCAGUCCUACUGCACCAUCUGCUGUGGAGGGAGGGAAGUGCUCAUGUGUGGAAACAACAACUGCUGCAGGUGUUUCUGUGUGGAAUGUGUAGAUCUUCUGGUCGGCACCGGCUCAGCGGCAGCAGCAAUCAAAGAGGACCCUUGGAACUGCUACAUGUGCGGACCCAAGAGUACGUACGGGUUACUACGGCGACGGGACGACUGGCCCAUCAGGCUACAGCACUUCUUUGCCAACAAUCAUGAGCAGGAGUUUGAACCUGCCAAAUUGUACCCUCCAGUUGCAGCAGAGAAGAGGAAACCAAUCAGAGUCCUCUCCCUGUUUGACGGCAUUGCCACAGGCCUGCUGGUGCUGAAAGAUUUAGGCAUCCAGGUGGACAAGUACGUCGCAUCGGAAGUGUGUGAAGACUCCAUCACUGUCGGAAUGGUUCGGCACCAGGGACGCAUCAUGUACGUUGGGGAUGUACGCAAUGUAACCCACAAGCAUAUUGAAGAGUGGGGACCGUUUGACCUCGUAAUCGGAGGAAGUCCUUGUAACGACCUCUCCAUAGUCAAUCCUGCGAGGAAAGGCCUUUUUGAGGGCACCGGGCGGCUGUUUUUCGAGUUUUACCGUCUGCUCCACGAGGCGCGGCCCAAACCGGGCGACGAGCGGCCGUUCUUCUGGCUCUUCGAGAACGUGGUCGCCAUGGGAGUCAGCGACAAACGCGACAUCUCUCGCUUUUUAGAGUGUAACCCGGUGAUGAUCGAUGCCAAGGAAGUCUCUGCUGCCCACCGUGCUCGCUAUUUCUGGGGAAACCUUCCUGGCAUGUCCAGUAGACCUUUGACGCCGAUGGCAAACGACAAACUGGACCUUCAAGAGUGCCUGGAGCACGGCCGCACUGCUAAGUUUGAGAAGCUGCGUACCAUAACGACCCGCUCCAACUCAGUGAAGCAGGGUAAAGACGAGCAUUUCCCCGUCUUCAUGGACAACAAGGAGGACAUCCUCUGGUGCACAGAAAUGGAAAGCGAUGAGGAUGGAGAGAAAGAAGAGAAGAAGAAAGAGAAAGAAUCAGGACAGACAGGGGAAGGCAGCAGGGUGUUCGGUUUUCCCGUCCACUACACCGACGUGUCCAACAUGAGUCGUCUGGCGAGGCAAAGGCUGCUGGGUCGUUCCUGGAGCGUCCCCGUCAUCCGGCACCUCUUCGCCCCACUCAAGGAGUACUUCGCCUGCAAUUAAUUGCAAACCGACUUGCGCUCUCUCUCACACACACAAAGAGACACACAUGCUGGUAACUACAAACAGAAUACAGUUAGGACAUGAAGGUUGGCUGAUGCAGAAUGACAGACUGGACAAACACACAUAAACCCUCACAGGUAAUGUCAAAGGACUGCUCCCACAGAUCCUGUGUAGACCACUGGCUGACCUUGGUUCCCUGGUGCUACCCUGCUGAUUUAUACACACAAACACACAGCUGCAGGGUUUCUGUACUGUAACUCAUAUACAUAUACUUCCUGUCCAACCUUGAAACUGAUGUCUUCUGGCUUUACUGCGCCGCAAUUGCUGGGGUUAACCUCCAGGGGGCGCAAAAGUAACAAAGAUCCCCCGUCUUUCUGUUUUUAAUAUCUCUUAAUGCAUACACACACCAAUGACUCCUUCUGCUGUAAUAUUUAACUGUAUUAACGCUUAGUAACAGUGGAAUGAACACAAAUAUAUAAAACAACACACACAUCCUCGUGGUGCUAGUCUGGUGGUGAUGGAGUCCAAACGGUGCCACUUAAUCUCAACACUUCUACAGUUUUUGGUGCUCUUGGAGGCUCAACAGUCUCUGUUUUUUAGUUGUUGUUGUUGUUUUAGUCACUGAAUUGUUUUUAUUUCCCUGAGUUAAACUAAACAUGUUCAUUUAGCAGAAAAAAAAGACAAAAAAAAGGUGUGAACUGUAAACAUUGGGACCAUACAUAGUGACUUUGUGUAUGAAAAAAGUGGGAAUAAAAUUUCUUUGAGGCAGAGCUUCUCUGAUUUUACAAAAAUUCUCCUUGGGUUAAUUUAUGGUCCUCUGUUGGAGGACCAUAAAACAAAUUGACAUCUUCCUAAAAUUCAAAACAUUAGGUAGAUGAUAAACUGUUUGUUCAUGAACGCACUGAAAAAACUAAACUUGAUCUUUUUCAUAUUUUGGUAUUGCUAAUAAAAGAAGUAGAUACUGCGGAACUGCCUGCGAUGGAGUCAGGGCCGGGGUGAAGAAUAAAUAAAAUAAAAUAUUGAGAAUAAAGUCAUAAACUCAUGAGAAUAAAGUUGUAAUAUGAAAAUAAUGUGGUCUUUUAAGCGUCUUGCAAAAUUACAAGACGUUAUUUGUUUUACAAGUAAGGAGAUACUUAUACAACGUUAUUCUGGUAAUUUUAUGACUUUAUUUUGUAUUACUUUGAUUUUCUUCUCGUGAUAUUACUCCUUUUAAAAUUUUAAGACUUUACUCUGGUAAGCUUAUCUCUUUAUUCUUGUAAUAUUCUGACUUUGUUCUUAUUUUGCUGCAAAUUUAUUCUGGUCAUUUUAUUUUUCUUAUCCUGGCUCUGUGCUUUGUCAUAAUCACCAGAAUAAUUGAUAGAAUAUUGUUACUAAAAUAAUCAUUGGUGCAUUGCUAACUGGCCCAUAGUUUUGCAGUGAACAGUUCUGUUAGCAAGUACACUUGUGUAAUUCUCCAACCAGCGCCAUGAAAUGAGGUUUAAAGUCGUCAAUUUCUGCUUUCAGAACAGCUCUGCCUCCAAGAGAUUUUAUACUGAAACAGUAAAGGACUUUGUAGGAUUCAGUAUUGUUACUGCAGCAGCGUUUAGAUUACCCUCCUGUUAUGCGGCUUCUCUCGUGCCUCAACUCCAGUUGUUGCUCAUUUUUCUUUCUGUCUGGUGAAAAAGUCAUCGAGUUAUCCAGGAGUUGUGCUCACAGAGAUCCACUUUGUGCUUUAGUUACGACACUGCAGCAUCCACGGAAAUCAGAGCCCGACUUUUACUCUAGACACUAUGCUGGUUUUCUACUUCCUGUGACUGAAACGGAUAACCCUGUGUAAAUAGAACACCUCCGUUGGGUGUUUAUUCUUCCUUAUAUUCGAAACACAGUGGCAUAAUCCCAGUUUCUUUCUGUUUUAACUCUGAGAUUAACAGAUCCGUGAACUGAUGGGUGGAUUAUUUACACAGGGGUGUCUCCGGAGAAAACCUUUCAGUCUGGUGCUUGGGGUCGGCAGUCGACCCUCUUUUCCAGGAAGCCUUCCAGUCCGCUGAACCUUUCUCAGACACCAGCUAACAACUGAACUCAUGCAGUCUUUUCGCGGACGCACACGUACACAAACUACAUGCACAGCCUCUCAAGUCAACCAGCAGGCUCGACGUCUUUUCCAUCAUGUUUACUCUCCGUUUAUACAACCAAUCUUCAGGUGCUUUUUAAACUCUUUUAGCUCUUUUUUACAGCGCGCUCUCUUUCUGCAGGUCAAAAACAACACACAAUCAUCUGCCGGACACACAGUGGCCGGCUUUUCUGCUUCUUCUAAACAAAAAACAAACACAUGCAUACUGUGCUCUUUGCUGGUCGCCUGUUUUACGGUCAGGCUUCCCAGGCGCUGCAGGGUGAUUCCCCGCAUUGCUCGGUGCUCCCAACCCCUUCCCCUCCCAUCGCCGCCCCCCCCUCCCCCAGGUGCUGCAUGUCAGUCAGUCAGUGUAAUCUCUGAUUCCAUGUUAGAUUAGGGAGUAUAAUUAUAAUAAUAAUAUGAUAAUAAUAAUUACAAUAAUAAUCUGUUAUUGUGUGUGUGUACUGUUCCAGGUUGGUGCUCAGUUCAGUUCAGUCUCGGCCUACAGAUAUAGGGGAGAGAGAGGCUAGAGAAAGCAUAUUUACAGUUAGUAUAGUGACUUGUGCUAUUGUACUCGAGAAUGCCAGGACAAAUAGUGGAAAAAAUAGCUGUGCAAAAGUCUCAGACCAGAAAUGAGUUGAAACAAGCAAAAGAAAUAAAAUCAGAAGUCAACCUCGUGAAACAAGUGCUUUCCUGUCUCAUGAAAAGUCUAAGGGUGUUUUCUAACCUGAAAGUCCAAUAAACUGUUUGAUUUGGGGCCAAAAUUGCAACAUUUGUUACAUUUUAGUUGAUGCUGUUCGCUUUCACUAAUUAAAAAAUCUGUUCCCCUCCUCGCCUGUAGUGGCGCUACAUCAAGAACAACUGAAGGAAACAGGACAAGAUACCGCUGAAGAAAACACUGAGAGCAGCUUCCUUUUUUGUAAAAUACAACCUAAAUUGAAGUAGCGUAUAAGACCACAACGCUUUUAUCCAGCUAGUGCUAGACAAAUGUUUGUUUUGGUUGUAUUUACCCAGAAUUCCCUGCACUGUAGUUCACUUCCUGCUUUUGGAACUGUCUCCAGUCCACUUGGCUUUCAAACCGCACCAGUGUUCACUUCAACCAAACUGAGACCGGUUUUAGGCAGACAAAAGUUUGUUUAUUUUGGUCCCGUUCCACAUUCACAUCUCCCCAAACGAACCGGACUUUCUAGGCAAACGAACUGGAGUUCAAUUAAAGCAGACUAAAUAGGACUGGUGUGAAUGCACCCUAAAACAAAAAUAAAUAAAUCCUAUUUAAGUCGCAAUUAACUGAAUUAAGAGUUAAUUCCAACUCUUAAAGUUGGUAUAAGAAGUGUUUAUGAAAUCACUUAAUUUUUUUGGAACAAUUUAAGAGUAUACUCAAAUUUUUAUCCUUAAAAACAUAACUACUUUCUGUUUGUAGUUGAAUUAAGCAAACACUUCAAAUAGGCCAAUUAGAAAAUGACAUAUUGAACAAACAUUGUACUGUUUUUAUGUAUUUUAUAGUAUUUUACAGUACUUUCCUGCAGCUCACAGGGAAGGAGUCGUCAAUCAGAAGCAGACUUGGAAUAAUGUGAAAGAUAACACUUUAUUUUAGACUCAGGAAGCACAAAUAUGGCUACAAUUUAUUCAUCUAACCUUAAGAGCUAUCAUGAUUAUUUUCAUAUUCUUUUUCUAAUAUGUCAUAAUUGUAUUAAAUGAAAGGACAGAAAGAAUUUUAGGUUGCUAUCAUUAAUCAAAUUUAAAGUAAAAAAAAAAAACUUAACAUCAAAUUUAGAGUGAUUACUGAGUUUUUCAGUCAUUGUUAAGUCCUCUAGUAAUCAAGAAUUUAUACUGUUUAACUUUAACAAAUUUGUUUGCAAAAAAAGAGUUAAUUGUAUAUAAAUUCUGCCUUGUGUUCUCAAUGUAGAGAAAUGUAACUUUAAAAAUAAGGCUUUUCUUUCUUUUUUUAUUAUUAGUUUUUGCUUUGACCAUGUGAUAACUUCUUGUAGCUUCAUUUGUUAAGGAUAAUUGAAGCCACAUGUUGAUGACUAAAAGGAUUAUCUAAAAUCUUAAGAAGUAAAAUAGUUGUUAAACCUUUCUUUAACAUCCUUUUUGACAAAUAAAUAAGUUUUCCACAUAAUGAGAUGGAACAAAAACUGAAAAGCACAUUCUGGUUUGCUAAAAAAGCAA